AUGCAAAAGUUUCAUUCUUUAGCAUCUUUUAUUCUUCCUUCAUGUUAUGUUAUUCUUUUACCAUUUGUUGGAUGCUCAUCCCAUGAAGAGUUUAGUCAAUCUUCCAGAAAUCACAAGAUCAGUAAAGAAGAAAAUAUACACAAGUUGAGUCCUCAGAUGGCAUCAAAUAUUACAGUUCAUGGUCUUCUCUUGUGGACUUCAAUAGGGUUCUUAAUGCCUGUUGGGAUACUAACUAUCAGAAUGUCCAGUAAAAAGGAAAUUGGAAGCAGAGAAGCUAAAGUGUUCUUCUAUCUCCAUAUUAUUUUGCAGAUACUUUCAGUGGUUCUAGUGACAAUUGGAGCUGUCAUGUCCAUCAAGAACUUCGAGAAUUCGUUUGAUAACAAUCACCAAAAGUUAGGUCUAGCACUUUAUGGAGCCAUGUGGGUGCAAGCCUUGAUUGGAUUCUUCAGGCCUCCUAGAGGAAAUAUAAGAAGAAGUACAUGGUACUUUCUUCAUUGGCUAUUUGGAACAGUGAUUUCUCUUAUGGGGAUCAUCAACAUCUACACUGGUUUAAAAGCUUACCAUGAUAAAACUUCAAGAAGCACUACAAUUUUUACUAUACUUUUCACGGCUGAGAUCUGUUUCUUGGCUUUCUUUUAUCUCUUACAAGACAAAUGGGAUUAUAUGCAAAAGCAAGGACUGAUUUUAGGCGAUAAUGUUGAUGCAGUCCCUUCCUCCAUUCAAGUUAUUACUCAAAGGGAAAACGAAAAAGUGUUGCCGCCAGAACCAUGCGGAAAACGCAACGCAUUGAGGAAUUUGUUUGACUAGCUAGCUAACGUUGGGUUCUUAAAUCAUUUCAUCUUAAUUUAUUAUCUCGUUGUUAAUGUGGAUUCAUGGUUUUUCAUAGUCCACGUUUUGAUGCAUGUCCCAUCCCAUUAGCUUAUUUAUUAAACGGCUAUGGUGGAAAUGCAUCAAAACGUGAAGUAUGA